AUGAUUAAUCAGAAACAAGUUGGUAUUAAAUUAGUUAAAACUCGAUCUCUGAGUUUGAUUAGAUGUUGGCUUAUUGGGUUAUGUACUUUGCUGGUGCGGUUGCAUUGGGUUGCGGCCAGUGGAAUAACUGUAGAGACACGGGUGGUUAGUAUUGGGUUAGAUGCGGCAAAUGUGAUAGGGUUGCCGGAUUCGAAUAAGAUGGUUGAGAAUAUGAAAUUGAUUGGGUUUAGCUUUGAUAAUGAGAACACGAGGGUAGUAGCUAGGCCAAAUGAUCCUGAUCAGCCCGAGGAGUUGGAAGUGGAUGCUAAUCGAGCACCACAUGUUGCCAGUUACGUGGUUGAGGUAGCCUUGAACUCGAAUAUUUACUUUGCACUACCUGAAUAUUCAGAUGUGGGGGCUGCUACGGCUGCUUUAGAGUUGCUAAGAACGAUUGCCGUUAUUAAGUUGUUCUGGGGUAAAUGCGCUUAUGUUACUUACACGACGUCCAAUCUUGAUUGCCAUCAGAUCAAUAUGCAAAUACUAUCAAGAGUUGUCAAUCUAUUUGACUGUACAACUCUAGAACUUUGCUUGAAGCCUGAUCUUGUGUCGUAUAAUAGAGAGUUAGAUUUGGGGGCUUGCCGGGACGAAGCUCAGAAGACAAUUGACCGGGCUAUUUAUAAAUCGCAGUGUCAACUUAGGUUUUCAUCUAAUAGGAGUCUGGGACUUCCUGCUUUGAUAGAUCGUGGUAUUGUUUUGUUGCGGCCGAUUUUAGGUGUUUUCUUAGUAGAUAAUGAAGUACAUGAUGCCCCUCUUCUUUAUCAUUUGCCAUUAGUAGAUGGAUAUUCGAUCUACCUUUUGGACAUUCCUAGUGACAUCAAUAUUGACCUUGGCGUUCUGCAAACAUCAGCGGCCAAAUGCAGCUAUAUCACUCUUGAAACUUCUAGUGAAGCAAAACUAACUCUAACAGGCCUUGAAAAUGCUGUUGAUAAACAUACUGGGCUCGUUCUGGAGGCUGAUUGGGAUAUUUUAACUUAUCUAUGCAAUAACAACGAGGCUCAGAUUCGAGUUCAUACGCUUUUGGGAGUUGAUGUUCAACCCCAAACGAUUCAACCUAUGCUUGAUGCCGAUCAAAAAGAGGCGCCUACUGAGCCAAAAAUCAUUGCUACUACGGCCAAGACCCUCAUCUCAGCCGAUGUCCCGUGUAAAUCCAUGGAUUACUAUAAACAAAUCUAUACUCGAGAGGCCUACGCUAAAUUCGGUAUCAUGGUUGAAACAAUCAAUAUUGCUUAUGAGGACAACCGUACUGAUUUAUUCGAGACCCUAGAUACGCUUCGUGGUAUCAAUGCUUUAAAACGCAUACCAGAAUCUAUUUGGUUAGGGGACGUGCAAUGUUAUGGCAAGGAUCUCGACGGACCCGAUUGGAAGCUUCAAGAAACAGUUAGCAUCCGACUUAACCACGCUAGUUUAGAUCACAGUCUCACUAACUACACAGAACAUCAGCACAUGUGCUUUUGUCAACACAUAAACUAUAAAACCCUUGAAAUUAAGGGCGGGAGAGUUCCAUGCGAGAAUCAAAUAGGCAGCUGCAUACGCCUUCUUAAUGCCUUUCGUUCCAUUACGGCCCAAAAGCUUAAGAUCUCAAAUGCUCGUGAUAAUGACCAAACCCCCAUCAACUUUGUUAUGGACAAGCUAAAAACCCCCACUACCAACCAUCCCAAAUGGCCUCUAUAUGUUGGUACUUUAGUACUAGAUAACGUUGAUGAAUCCAUUGUCUACUGGGUGUUACAACGGUACAUCUUUUCGGAGUCAAUGCACCUACAUCUUCUGAACCUUCACUUUAGCAAUCUAGCCGUUGCUCAAAUUCUCUCACUCCCUGAAGCCCAAAACAUAACGAUGCUUGUGGUUAAUGGCUUCCCCGAACUAGACGAGGUCAAGUACUUCAAUCAGCAAGACAAAAUCACAACAUUCUCCUUGUUCAAGUAUAUUGAGGAAGAAGUAGCCAAGGACACUCCAAUAGAGAGUCUUGGUCUGCACAAACUAUGCUUGCAACUAGCUGAUGCUAACACUAGCUUGUAUAGUGAUGUCUUAGACGCGCUUGGAGUUUAUAGCAUUCUGCCUCUGGCCAUGUCAUUUGGGCAUUACACAAAAUGGACGUCAACAAAGCAUGCUACUAACCCAAUACACCGGGCUAAAUUUACGCUUUCUGGCACUACUAUAGAGGCUUUAAAAACAGAUCUUGCCAAGUAUGGCAUUAAAGGAUCGUUUCAAUUAAACACAAGCCAGUCAGAACAUUCUCAGCAGUCUCAAGCACCUUCUAACCAAAGACAGUCCGUUGUGGAGUUACUUUUGCAAUUUAGUGACACCUUCUUCUUAACCGAUACUGAUUUUGUAACUAUUGUUCGAUGGGUGGCCUGCCACUUUAAGGACGUAGCCACUAUCUGGCUAGCAAAUGUUAAAGUGUCUGAUGAAGAGCGGGCUGUUAUAACCUCGCGCAACUAUUUGUUCAAGGAUUUAGAUAUGCUCAAUAGAAUUCUAGUAGAGAGAGCGGCACCAGAUGAACCCCCUCUAAACCUACUAACCCGACUACACCGCAUUAUCUUAGUAGCGGGUGUCUCUAAUCCCGUCCAUGCGAUUGUUACAAUGCAACCUACCUUGUUAACCCAAUUUAUUUGUCAUCAAGAAGAGCUUAAUAACCAUAUUCCCAGCUAUCCCAAUACUGAGACAUCCAUUCGAAAGAUUAUAAACUAUAUCAUGCACCAGCAGCCCCCUUAUGAGUGCGCAGUUUGCCUUGAGGCGCUUGAUGGGCUAAAAGUCGAACCUAAAGAACAAGACCAAGAAGAUGGAAAUGAUAAUGAUGACGAGCCACCCACUAAGAAACCACGCCCCAGUAUGGGUUCCGAAAGCCAAGAUGAAAAUCCACAAGGACACCCCGUAAUGAUAUGUUAUUUCAAGUGUGGGCAUCCAUUGCAUAGUAAAUGUGCAAUUGGCGUUAUGAAUAUGCAGAACAACAACUGCCCGACUUGCCGGCAGCCAGUAGUGUACAAGAAUGCUCAUCAGCUUAUGAGUGUUCCAUUAACUACAUUGGUUUUUGCUGAGGACAGUAUUAGCAAUGUCACAGUUGACCGCGAAUGGCUGAGAACCAUGAGUUGCUGGAGUGAACAAGUGCUUUUAUACGUCGCUUAUAGAGACAGGUCUGAUUUUGCCACUACAAUCAGCAGCGAAAUAGUGUACGAUCACACUCGCCCCAUCCAUAUCAUUUAA